AUGCCGGCCCCAACCCAUGGGUCCAUCCGAGAUAUCGUGAAGCAGCGAAUCAUUGCUGUAGUGCGAGAGGUGAAGGCGGCAGACAGCAUGAAGGUUUUGAUUCUAGAUACUCCAACCCUGAAGACUAUCAGUGCUGUUUGCCGCACCAUGGAGAUUAUCGAAGAGGGUGUUUCUUUGCUGGAGAACUUGGAGAGGAGGAGGCAACCGAUGCCGGGCAUGCAGGCGAUCUACAUCAUUCACCCGAAUGAGGAUUCUAUUGAGAAGGUGAAGAACGAUUUCAAGUCAGCGCAAGAUAGCAUGUAUGCCGGAGCGCAUAUUUACCUUACAUCGCACAUCUCAAACGACCUGAUCUAUUCAAUGCGACAAUGUAAUGAACUUGUUCAAAGGACGAAAUCGUUGAAAGAAUUGAAUUUCGAAUUUGUUGCUCUCGAAUCGCAAGUAAGGGCUGCGGAUGAAACGAUGUACGUUCUGAUAGAAGACAUGCAGUGUUACUCCCUGGGACUACAUGAUGCCUUCCGUACACUCUAUUCACCCGUCACUGUAGCUAAGAACGCCAUGAUUCACACUAUCGCCGAUCGCAUGCUGACCUUGUGCGUCACACUGGGGGAGUUCCCCAACAUCACCUACAAGAAAGCUGCAAGUGCUGAGUUUGACAUGGUUGAGAAGAUAGCGAAAGCUCUGCAAGUCAGCCUGUCAAACUUUGACAAGCAGAUCGUGGAAGGGAAUAGUUGGUGGCAGCCGAAAAGAUCUGAACCUGCAAACAUCUUGAUCGUCGACAGGAGGUCGGAGGCAGGAGGGUUAUCAGACAUUGACGUUUCGUUCAGCUUUGACGCCUUGACGCCGUUGAUGCACGAAUACACUUACCAGGCAAGGUGCUUGCUUGUUGGGGUUGAAGGCUUGACGGAGAUACAGGCGAUGGUGUAUGAUCUGAUGGAGAUGAAGGAUUCGAAAUACAAGUACACGACAAGCAACGCGAAGGGAGAGGAUGUUGAGAAAGUCUCUUCACUAGAUGAGUCAGACGCUCUUUGGGUCCAGCUGCGUCACAUGCAUAUUGCAGACGCGAUCAACUUUGUUAUUGAUGAGUUCAAUCGUUUUGUGCAGCAGAACAAGGCUGCAAAUAUGGCGAAAGGAGAAGCAAAAUCAUUAAGAGACUUGAGCGAGGCUAUCAAAUCAAUGCCUCAGUUCAAAGACCGUCUCGCCAAAUAUUCUCUGCACAUGGAUCUUACAAAGAAGUGCAUGGCCCUUUAUGAGCAGAAGUUUCUUGAGAAGAUUUCCACAGAGGAGCAGAACAUGGCGACAGGAGCAGAUGCUCAGGGGAAAGCGUUGAAGACCGUCCAGCAGUCGGUCAUGAACGUGCUACAGGACGAGCACAUCUCCGAGAAAGACAAGCUACGUCUCAUCCUCAUCUACGUCAUCUCACAAGAGGGACUGAGUGAGGCCGACGUUGACAAGCUGGUCAGCUCAGCUCAUCUCCAGAACACGAGCUCGGCCCAGAGGAUCGUCCAGAAUCUCAAGCACCUCAAUGUCACUCUGAAGCAAGCACAAGCCAAACCCAAGGGAAUGAUCUCCAGUGGCAUGACUGCCGCGUCCAAGCUCUUCCCCUUCAUCAAGGCUGAUUCGGACAAGAAAAGACCCAAGAUGGCGACGGACGUGGGAUAUGAUCUGUCUCGAUAUCGCCCACCCCUCCAAUAUAUCAUCCAGGAUGCUCUGGAAGGCAAACUCGACCCCAACGAGUACGUGACUACUGCACCUACGUCCUCCAAGUCCCAGGCCGAGACAAAUAGCAACGGACCAUCGCGCAACCCCCGAAACAAGGCUUCUUGGGCUGACAAGUCUGCGAUCCGCCGGGACGAGCCCAAGGAGGCGAGCAAGAGCAAGGCCGGCCCGCGGCUGAUCGUGCUGGUGGUUGGAGGGCUCGCGUACUCAGAGCUGCGAGCUGCCUACGAGAUGACGACGAAGGAGAUCAUCAUCGGGUCUACGGAGAUGAUGGCACCUGAGGCUUUUCUCGACUCUCUUGCCGUCUUGAGUGAACCGACAGUCUAA